AUGGCGAGCGAUACAGAAAAGCCAUCAUCACAAGCCGAGAACGAGGUUCUACAGCUGGUUGCUGAGCUUGACAAAGGCCGAAUCUUGCCAAUUGCAGAGAGGAUCGAGAAGCGAGGCGUUCGCCAGUUCCUACGAAAAACACAAUCUGGAGUGCAAUACAGGCAACUACAGCCAGAAAAGUUCAAAACCUGGCUCGAGAGCUGCCCUUUCAUAGCCUCUACCACCCGUAUCCAGGAUUGGACUUGUGCGACCACUGUCAAGCUCAUCCAUUGGGCUUCGGAAGCUCGAUGGCAGUACGCUGAGCAAUUACGAACUUUACUAAAACUUGAUGAAUCACAAGGUCAGGCCUGGUUGGAUAAUCUACACAAAGUCGCUCGCUAUCAUUCUGCAAUCAAAUCCAUGGUCAAGUUUGCCGUGAAGGAGCCCGGCAUCUUCGUCAAUAUCGGCAUCCGACCGAUCAAUGCUCCUAAUCCACGUCGGUUCAAACUCCCAAAUGACGAAGCUCCACUGCUUGCAAUCGUUGGAAGGCUUUUGGGAAAAGAUGCAAAUUCAACAAUGGAGAAGCUUGAAAAGCAUUUGGGCACCCAGCAUGUUGAAACGAGGCUGCGUAGAGCCUGUCCCCCAAACCUGACGCUUCAUGCGGAGAUGCAAAUGGUUGUUUUUUACGAAGGCAACCCUGGAAAUUCAGCGCAACGCCCCUACAUGAACCUAAGUCGCGAUAUCGAGAACUUGACGAGGCAGGACCUAAAGGUAGCAUUAACUGCUCCCACCCGGCCACCAAACUAUGAUUCUACUGCUGGGCCUUCUCUGACCUUGACAGCAACUGUACCUACGGGACCGAGGUCCCUGCAAAAUACUCAAGCGAGAUCUACGGUUCAAGAUGAAAGUUCCUCAGAGGGUUCUGAUUGA